AUGAAGCUCCCAAAGUGGUUACCCCAAGAACGGGUGAUUGAAGAAACAGAAGAAGAAAUUCAGUCUGCAUUACUCUAUUUGAAAGAUGAGAAGGGAGAGUUCCAUAUUAAAGAAUACAGAGACGAAGUUAACCGACCUUGGUGGAAAUUCUUCGAUGAAUAUGAAUAUAGAAAGAAUGUUCCAAGGUGGAGUUGGUUUGGCGAAGGUGCUUCUGCUGCUGAAAGAAAGUUGCUCUUGAAGCUUGAUGCACACAUUGUCAUCUAUUGUAUGAUGGGUUAUUGGUGUAAGUUCUUUGAUGCCAGUAAUUUGACAAAUGCCUAUGUGUCGGGAAUGAAGGAAGAUGUUGGAAUGAAAGGCAAUGACUUGAUUGAUGCCCAAGUUAUGCUAGCAGUUGGCAAUGUCAUAUUCUGUUUGCCAAUUAUGUAUGUUUUACCAAGAUUCCCCACGACCUACCUUUUGUUUUUUAAUGAAUUUUUGUGGUCCUUGUGUACUCUACUUACAUUUACUGUGCCUAAUGCUCAGGCAUUGAAAGCCGUCCGGUUCUUCUUGGGUGGUUUUGAAACAGCUUAUUUUCCAAUAGUCCAUUACACCCUUUCUAAUUUCUAUAAGCCAUCUGAGAUUUCUUCCAGAGCAAGUAUUUUCUACUGUGGGCAAUAUCUAGGCAUUUUGACUUCGGGCUUACUUCAAAGUUCUAUAUACGAACAUUUGAAUGGGGUUAACGGGUUAGCAGGAUGGAAGUGGAUGUUCAUAAUCGAUGGUAUAAUAUCUUUUGUCGUUGCAAUCAUAGGCUUAUUCUUGAUGCCUGGAACUCCGUUUAAAUGCUAUUCACUUUGGCUAACUGAUGACGAUAUCAAGCUCUGUAGAAGACGUAUGAGGUCAAAUGGUACAGACGAUGGAUUGAAGUUGAAAAAGUUCUUAGACUGGGACACUUGGAAACAAAUGCUUACGUCAUGGCACUUUUGGAUAUUGUCUUUAGGUGGAAUAGGUGGGUUUAAUGCUAAUGCUACCUCACAAGGUCAAUUUGCCCUUUGGUUGAAAAGCUUGAAACAGUAUUCGAUUCCAAAGAUAAAUAAUUAUACGGCAAUUCCACCAGCUCUAGGAUUGGCAUAUGUUAUAAUUACUUGCUUUGCUGCUGAUAUUUCUCAAAAGAGAUUUGCUAUGAUUGGCUUUGCUCAAUCCAUGAAUUUGGUAAGUUGUGUGAUUUUGGCAGUUUGGGAUGUACCUAAAGCAGCAAAAUGGUUUGCUUACUACUGGGGUUAUUGGUCAUGGUCUCAAAGUUCUGUCUUUUAUCCAUUGGUGAAUGACAUUUUAAGACAUGAUGCUAACUUAAAAUCUAUCGAGUUUACAUUCAACUAUAUCUUAGGGUUGCAGUCUUAUGCCUGGAUAUCAAAAUUAAUCUGGGAAACAGUAGAUUCUCCUAGAUUUCAGAAAGGUUUCAUUACUGCCGCUGCUAUGGGUAUGUUGGAAGCAUUUUGCAUGUUCAUUGGCUACUAUUUUUAUAAAAGAGAUGAGAGAAAGAGAGCACUUUCACAGGGUAUUUAUUUGUACAACUCAGGAAAUGGUGAACUUCCGCCAAAUGUUCUAACAGAAUCAGUCUUAGGUUCAGAUAAGCAGUCUUAUGACGACCGACUUAAGCUAGAAGUGAAAACUGAAAUCAACAGUAUUCAAGAUCAAAAUUCUGCCUAA